AUGGCCGGCGACGACAAGAAAAUCACCGUCAAUGGCAGCUCAAAUGGCUACAACCCCUCCACGCAAGACAACAUCACCAUGGCAAUGCUCCAAAACGGCGGCGUCAAGCGCAUCCAAAGCGGCUUCCAACAACGCCUCGACGAAGCGGGCUGGUCAGAGAAUCUGCGCAACUACGUGACGCAACUCUUUCGAAGCGGCGAGGCCCAGACGUACGAUGAAGCACUGAGCAAGGUCAAAGAGCAUGUUCGUGUGCAGCCUUUGGACGAAGAGGAAAGGGCUGUUGUUACGAAUGGGGCUGGUGGGCCGGAUUUGGUUAUUCCGUCGGAGGUUGCGAAGGAUGCGGCGGAGGUCGUGAAGAAGGAGUUGGCGAAGGUGGUGAAGAUGGAGACGAAAUGA